GGACGACGGUACAGAGUGGCGGUACACGGGGCGCGAGAAAAGCGGUAGUGUGCCGUGGACCACCGCACUGGCAUACCGUGAUUCGUUACAAUCUCCAUCGUCCUCUAGACUCGGACUCACAGUCAUCAGCGAAGUCACGAUACGACGAGUGCUAGUGCAGUGCGGAACUGGCGAAGUCACCCCCUGACAUCUCGUGACAGAUUGGCCGGUUUCGACGCAGGACAGGCCUCGACCCGAUCCGGCCGAUCGCGCGAAUCGUACAUUUCGAAAGAAAACGAGAGAGAAGGAGAGAGAGAGAGAGAGAGAGAGAGCCGCCCCGCGAGGGUGGUUGUCGCGUGCCGGCUGACCGAACCGUCGUCGUCCGGUCCGCGCACGCGGUAGAGAAACCCGCAGGCGAUUUUAUAGCCCGUCUUAUUACCCAAGUUUAUUACAUCGUAACGGCUUAACGAUCAUCGCCCGUUUCCACUGUUGAAACCGCCGUUUUAUGCUCGGCUCGUCGCGUAGCGGUAACCAUAACAAGACCAUAAAAAUCCCCGCCACUGUCAUGAAACCCAUUCUGAAUUACACUCCUACGGCCUACUGACAUUGACACUCUCAUCGGUAUAUAACCGGCUAUACCUGUCGAUGACUUUUAUCGCCGCUUAAACCGUUUAAAUAUCCCUCCGUUUAUUUACCCCCUGUCAGCACCGUCAUCCGUCACUGCUCGCGUCGAAUCCAACGUAUCUCUUCUUUAUAACUUAUCCGUAGGAGCUCGUAGCUAGGAGGGGUUACGUGAUCCGAUUACCCCAAGACGUUGGUGCGACGCGAAAUUAUCGAGUCGGACUGGUCGCGCGCGUUUCAUGCAAGCCCGCUCGAACCUUGACUCAUUCCUCCGCCGUCUCUUUUUUUGAGUGCCGGUGUUUUAGUGCAAGUGAUUCAAAAUACCCGGGAUAAUGAACUCGUACUUUGAACAGACCGCGGGCGGCUUCUACGGAAGCCACCAUCAUCAAACGGGAGCGGCGAGUCAGCAUCAUGACCCGGCUACCGCGGCGUAUCGAAGCUUUCCGCUCGGAUUAGGUAUGUCGCACUACGCCUCGGCGCAGCAUCAUCAUCACGCGUCCUCCUCGCUGGGGAUACACCCGGGCGGAGGAAGCAACACGAGACCACCUCAAGAUUCGCCGUACGACGCGAGCGUUGCGACGGCCUGCAAGCUUUAUUCGACGACACCCGAGGCGACCGGCCACACCACGUCCUCGUACUCGACAACGGCGACGAAAGACUGUAAACAGCAAGAUCAAACGUCAACGCAUCAAAAUGGUUAUGCCGCGGUCAUGGCAGCUGCAGCGGUCAAGGACGUUUGGCAGUCGGCGACCUCGGGAGCGAACAGCCAGAGCAACUCGGUCGUACGUCCAUCCGCGUGUACCCCGGAGAGUACGAGGGUCGGGAGCUACGGUGGCCUCGUAGGCGGCGAUCCGGCCUCGAGUCCCGGUAACAACAGUUCCUCAAGAUCCCUCACGUCCUCCUGGAACACCUGCAGUUUAAACUCGUCCGCGAGUCAACCGGUCGCCACGCAACUACAUCAGCAACCUACCGCCAACCAUACCUUCUAUCCCUGGAUGGCUAUAGCAGGAGCGAAUGGAAUGCGCAGGCGCGGCCGACAGACCUACACGCGCUACCAGACUUUGGAGCUUGAAAAGGAAUUCCACACGAACCACUAUCUGACCAGGCGGAGGCGGAUCGAGAUGGCACACGCGCUCUGCCUGACGGAACGGCAAAUCAAGAUCUGGUUCCAGAAUCGGCGAAUGAAGUUGAAGAAGGAGAUUCAGGCGAUCAAGGAGCUAAACGAGCAGGAGAAGCAAGCGCAGGCGCAAAAGGCAGCGGCAGCGGCGGCGGUUGCACAUCAGCAGCAAGGGGCUGGUGGGGGACCCGAGGGGGGCAACUAGGGGUACGCCCUGCAUCGGAGCCCCCCUGACCACCCCACCGUCAAUCCACACCACCCUCUACUAGCACCGCAAUGUACACAGCUGUAUUAAAGGUGAGUGGCAGGCUCUGCACCCGCUGUCUCUGCAAUGCCAAAUAGAUGGUCGAUGUGCGUAUCUGUCGAUCGUCAAUUUAUCGGUUGCGGCGAAUCGGAUGCUGCACCCGGUGAGUGACGAACCUCCCCUCCCCCCCUACCCCCAUGGCUACCUCCCGUAGCUCACUUUGACCGAUAUGCUCCCAGACCAAUCAGUAUCCAAGUACACACAGUAUCAUCCGUAUAAGCCUAGCGCUGUUGUAGUCGUUCCCCUUUCUGGUCUCUCUACCUGUAGUUUCUGCUUUGGUGCAGUAGCAUGUAGAUAGGGGUUGAAUUAUCGAGGGUGGCCAAUCAGCCAACGUCCGCGGAUCCGGGGUGUCGUUUGCGAAAAAUCGACCGAAAACAGAGUCACAUUCUCGACGUACAUUGCGAUAGGUUGUGCGCAGAUUAGAAACCGAAAUACGUAAGGAAAAAGGCUAAAAUUACUUAUAGGGUUAAAAUAUAGGACGUAGGAACAUUUAUAAUUCUCUCGAUGGGCGAGAUCGAGUCGAUUAACGUUCGUAACGAAAGUACGACUCGUUUUUAUUUCUUCAAUACUGAAUGUACAAAAUUUUAUCACGUUUCUUUACAAUUCUCCUCAUUUUUUUCUUCGUUCGAUACGUUCUUUCUCGAAAAUGCGCACUCGAUAUAUCUUUGCGACAAGAGGGAAAGAGAAAGAUGAAGAGAAGGAGAGGAAGUAAAAAUAGAACGAUUGCUAUUGAUGUUACGUUUUUUGUUAUUUCUCUUUUUUUAUUAUUAUCUCUGCGUGCGAAGCAAUACGAGAAAGCGUUUAUAUUGUUACCAAUAUUGCUUUUGCUAAUGGUAACAUUCGCUCGUUUGUUAUAAAAAGACUGUUUUAUUUCAUUUCGCGCGUUAUUAAUUAGAGUUACAUUAUUUGAAAACGUAUAUAUAACGGCAGCAAGCGAGAUUAAUCAUAACGAUACGAUAUUUUCGAUUGGUACAAAAUAUAUAUGUUGAUAUUCGGUCAUAUUUUAUCAAUAUAUUGUAUAGAAACGUUUAUAUGAUGUGCGUCUGCUUAAGUACCUGUUAAAAUGGUCAAGAGUGCGCGGUCUCGAGAUAUCGGAUAUCUCCUUUGAAAUAAAUUCGGAAAGAAUUUUCCGAAAAAGAGUUCCCUCCUCCCUCUUUUUUAUAAACGUCGGUCCGAGAGAGAAGCAAAAUGAAGAUGGACAUUACAAACAAAUAUUAUAAUUAUACGUAUCUAGUACGUAGGCGCCUGCUCUGUGUAAAGAGAUUCGUGGCGUUAUCUCCUAUACGGUAACUUUAUUCUAGUUAAAAUGAAUGUAUACGAAUAGCCGCUAAAAAAAACAGAAAGAAUGCGAGAGAGAGAGAGAGAGAGAGAGAGAGAGAGAGAGAGAGAGAGAGAGAGAGAAAGAGAGAGAGAGUGUGUGCGUGUGUGUGCGCGCGCGUGUGUGCGUGUGCGUGUGUGUGUGAGAGGCAGAGAGUACGUAAACGCAAUAUUUCUAAGAGGUAUGUAAUGUUAAUAGUUAUUUAUUUUGUGGAUCUCGGAACAGAGAUGAUUCAUUGCUCUGCUGUGCUAUGCGUUAUCAAUUAGGCACGUAGUCCUGUUAGGGAUAGGCGUUACCUUAUGCGUAGUCGUAGUUACUUGUGUAAAUGUUUCGCGUGGCAAACACUCUUUCUUCCUUUUUGUAAUAUACUAGAAUAUUAAUUAUUGACAAAAAUUUCUUUGAAUCCUGAUUGUAUGUACUCCGACAGCGACCAGGGCCGCGCUAGCUGCCUAUGAUUAAGAUUAUAUCCCGGCGUUCUUGGGGACGGUUCUCGAACGCUAUUGUAAUAUUACAUUGAUUAUACGAUUGCUAAAAGAAAAGAAAAAAAAAAUAAUAAAUGCGAUGUAAACUUAAUCACACGUCUUACGCUUCAUUGUCUGCGGCCCUGGCCGUAGCAAGUCCAUCCCGCACCACAUCUACUUUCCCUGAUCCCGUCGUCUAUUACACCCCACCCUGGAUACGCGAGGAAUCAGAUUUUAGAUACGAGUACGCGCAAUUAUCGUUCUCUCUCGAAAUAACGUACGGCGGCGGUAAGAAUCGACUUUUAUCGCGACGACGGUGUCUCUUUUAAUCGUUAACGAGGAUACAUAUAUCUCACCCAUCGAGCACCCGCGAUAUUUAUCGUCGGCCAAGAUAUCACGGGAGACGCGUACACAAUUUUUCCGGCGGGAUCGUUAUCAAUUCUUCAAACGAUAUCGCGAUGCGGCGGACGUGCGGCGGUUGCUUUACGACACUUAAAAAGCACUCGUUACGCGGCGUCAUCGCGGUACAGGAUGUGGAGCCGCCUUAACGGGCGCCACGUUGAUCCGGAGUUGAGCUUUCCACGGACAGCCAUAAGUCUCGCGACGCUCCGGGAUAUUAAUAUGUUAUUGCGGAAAGACUCCCUCAUGAAAGUCGACAAGGACUGCAAAAAUAUGUCCCGCGCGUCUCGGCGUCUCCGGGGGGUGGCACACACCCCGUAGGACGGGGGUGGAAGCCCCGCUCUAUCCGUUCGCUAUUCCUACAUACGCGCGCCAACACACGCACGGACGCGCGCACACGCAUAGGACGGAAGCCCUCGUUACUAUCGUACACGUAGCGGGUAGUGGUCGGAGAGGAAAGGGGA